AUGACCUCCACUGAGGACGGCUCAUACGUCUCAUCUUCAACAAUGGAGCUGAAGCAGCCAGCAUCCACCAUGUCUGUACAGCCUCCUUCAAUCCGUCCUUUUCUUCUUCGUCUUCCUUCUGUCCUUCUCUGUCUUCUCAUCCUAGCUUUCAACCUCUCAAACGCUGAAUACUGCUACAACAUGGGCAACUUCACGGCCGCCAGCACCUAUGCCAAGAACCGCGAGCUUGUCCUCUCUUCUCUCCCUAGCGAUGUGGCUUCAAACGGCGGGUUCCACUCUGGGAAGGUAGGGAACAGCUCGGACGUUGUUUAUGUGCUCAGUUUCUGCAGAGGCGACUCUUGGAACGACUCUUGCUUCAAUUGCUUAAGCUCUGCUGCUGAAGAUUUGAUGAUCAAGUGUCCAAACCAAAAAGCUGCGGUCACCUGGGGGACAGGAGAGCCUCCUUGCAUCAUCCGUUACGCUGAUGGUCCGAUGUAUGGCAAGAAGCUGAUAUUUCCGACACUAAAGUUACCUAACGUAGACAACAUCACGAUGGAUCAGAAUCAGUUCGAUCCAAUACGGAGGAACUUUACGGAUGAGCUGGCAACAAGCGCUUCGAUGGGGACGUCAGAGCUCAAGUUCGCAGCAGGGAGAACGGUGUUGCCGAACUUCCAGACCAUGUUCGCGCUGUCGCAGUGCAGCCCUGAUUUGUCUCAGAUUGAUUGCCAGAGUUGCCUGUGGGAAUGCAUAAAUGAUUAUCAAGAUUGUUGCCAUGGAAGACGAGGCGGGUUUGUUGGCAAGCCGAGCUGCAUUUUCCGAUGGGACUUGUACCCGUUUUUCGAGUCUGAUUCCAUCAAUCUGCUGCCAUCUCCGCCACCACCAACUGCAGUCACCAAGGCCGACCCUGCUGCUCCUCCACCUGCAAAUGCACAAGUCACCAAUGGUUGGUUCAAUUUCAAGGUUACUGCUGAUUUUAAAUUCAUGAAAACCAACUCUCAUUCAAAUUCCGCACCUGCUAAGUGGGAUAAAGUUUUAUCCGAGACACAUGAAAAUUCCUAUCCAUGA